UACUCUAUCUGAAACUGAAAAAAGUCGGUUUUCAUUUAUUAAAUGAUCUUAUAGAAAGUGUUAUUUUUUCAGGGUUUGUUAACCAGCUCAGUUACAAUGAGUAGCCAGCGUCAGUAUAUGAACGUGAACAACACACCUAGCUCACGUGUCGGUGAUAUAGAGCAUAUAACUCACUUAUCUGAGCACAUAGGAUCUCUAUGUCUGUCAUCAGAGUACUCAGAUGUGACCCUGAUAGUGGAAGGGCAGCGGAUUCCUGCCCACAAAGUGAUACUAGCUGCAAGCAGUGAUUAUUUUAGGGCACUCCUCUAUGGUGGUAUGAGGGAAGCCAAUCAGGCUGAAGUUGAAUUACAAGCCCCACUACAAGCGUUCAAGGCUCUCUUACGCUAUGUUUAUUCAGGUCACAUGGGACUAUCCCUGCUGCGUGAGGACACCGUGUUAGAUAUGCUGGGGCUGGCACACCAGUUCAACUUCCAGGAGUUGGAGACUGCCAUCUCUGAUUACUUGCGCCAAGUUCUUGCGCUCAGGAACGUGUGUGCUGUGUUAGAUGCCGCUAGGCUAUACGGUUUGGAUGCUCUCAUGGACUACUGCUACAAUUUCUUAGAUAGAAAUGCAACGGAAGUCCUCCAGCAUGACACAUUCCUUCAGUUAUCAGUUGAAGCCCUCCAAGGUUUGUUGGAACGGGACUCCUUUUUCGCAGCAGAGGUGGACAUCUUCAAGGCUGUGUGUAACUGGUUCAGCGCAAACCAAGCGUGGGUCAAAUCUGAGAGCGGUCAAGCGCAAGUUGAGAAGAUCUUGAAAUGCGUGCGGCUGACUUUAAUGAGUUUGGAAGAACUACUGAGUGUUGUGAGGCCGUUCUCCCUGGUCACCCCGGACAUGCUCCUGGACGCCAUCCAGGAGAAGACGCAGACCAAAAGCACGGACCUUCCGCAUCGUGGCAUGCUACUACCCGAGGAGAACGUGGCGACGCCGAAACGUGGCGCGCGCGUGAUAUCGGGCGAUAUGCGGUGCGCGCUACUGGACGGCGACACGGAGAACUACGACAUGGAGCGCGGCUACACGCGGCACACCAUCAGCGACGCGCCCGACAACCCCGGCAUACUCGUGCGCCUCCACACCGCCACCAUCAUCAACCACGUGCGCCUGCUGCUGUGGGACCGCGACAACAGGUCAUACGGAUAUUACAUCGAGGUAUCGGUGGACCAGAAGGACUGGGUGCGAGUGGUGGACCACAGCACGUACUACUGCCGCUCCUGGCAGAACCUGUACUUCGAGCCGAGGGUCGUGCAGUACAUCAAGCUGGUCGGCACCAGCAAUACUGUCAAUAAGGUGUUCCACGCGGUGGCGCUGGAGGCGCUGCACACGGCGCGCGUGCCGCCGCUGUGCGGGGGACUCGUGAAGCCCACGCACAACGUCGCCACCGUGGAACUGUCCGCCGUCGUCAUAGAGGGCAUCAGUCGUUCCCGCAACGCGCUCCUGAACGGUGACACGGAACACUAUGACUGGGAGCAGGGAUACACGUGCCACCAGCUCGGCUCCGGCGCUAUUGUGGUACAACUAGCGCAGCCAUACUUACUGUCGUCCAUCAGACUGUUGUUGUGGGAUUGUGAUUAUCGUCACUACUCUUACUACGUGGAGACAUCGCUCAACUACUGGGACUGGGAAACCGUGUGCGAUCGCACUAGAGACCACUGCAGAUCAUGGCAAGUGAUUUACUUCAGUCCCCGGCCAGUUUCCAUCAUACGUAUCGUCGGCACUAAUAAUUCGGUUAAUGAGGUAUUUCACCUCGUGCACUUGGAAUGUCCGGCACAGGUAGAAGAACCGCGUGAAGACCCCACGGCCAAGAAGCAGCGACCCUCGCCACAAGACAACCGCCUCAACCCCACACAUGGUAUGAUAUCGAUGGUAUUUGGCGCCCAACAUAGAACAGAUAUAAUGUAGUAGGAGCCCAAUAUUGAGCCGAUAGAAUGUAGUUGA